AUGUUGUCGACACUUCCUGCUGGAUCUGGCCACUUUUCGGCGCCCACUGGGUCGGGCGCUGGCGAUAGCGAUGGUUCGGGCGGCUUCUCGGCGUCGCAGAUCGAGGCGCAGCGCUCGCUCAAGUCGUCGAUCCAAGAGCUCACCUCGGGCCAGCACGACGCCAUCCCCUCGCUGCUCACGCCCUACUCGUCGCUGCCGCGUCGCAUUAGCGGUCCUACCGUGUGGGAUGCCGCAUCGUACACCGGCGCCGACAACCGGUCCAAGUGGGUGCACACCUUCACCGAGCGACAGAUCGCACAGCUCGAAGCCGCCGCUCAGCUCUGGCUCGAGUCCGGCCGCGAGCUGGGCGAGAUCGAACGAUCCACCUUUCCCCUUCCCUCGGACCUCAUUGCAACUCUGACGCAGCUGCGACAGCGUCUCGUCGAAGGCCAUGGGUUCUACCUGUUCAAGGGGCUUCCUACCAAGCGGUGGGGAAACCGACUUAGCGCAAUUGCGUACCUUGGGUUGGGUAGCUAUUUGGGUAACAUUGUGUCGCAGAAUCGAUACGGCCAUGUGUUGGGUCACGUCAAGGAUCUGGGUGAAGACCCUACGGCGAUUGACAAGGUUCGGAUCUACCGUACCAACGCGAGGCAGUUUUUCCACACCGACUCGUCCGGCGGUAUUGUGGGGCUGCUGUGUCUGCACAAGGCGGUCGAAGGUGGAGAGUCGGACAUUGUCUCUUCGCACGCCGUAUGGAACCACCUCCAGGAACAUCGUCCCGACGUGGCCGAAUUGCUAGCGAGCAACAUCUGGCACUUUGAUCGCAAGGGCGAAGUCAACUCGGACCAGAACGGUUGGGUCACUCGACCCAUUGUCCAUCUGCGACAAGGUCAGCCUGAAAACAGGCUGAUUCUGACCUACGAUCCGUACUACCUCAAGAGCAUCCAGCGUCACGUCGAUGCCGGUCAUAUCCCACCUCUCAGCGACGAGCAAAAGGAGGCUAUGCAGGUGCUCGAGGAUACAGCGAAGCAGCUCAGCCUGCAUAUGGUGCUGGAUGUGGGAGAUGUCCAGUUCGUAAGCGACGUGCAUGUGCUGCACGCCAGGACCGAGUACAAAGAUCCAGCCCCCCCUGCACCCCGACGACACCUGUACAGACUCUGGCUGGCUGUUCCCACCGCAGAGGGUGGCUGGCAAAACGCUUACCCCGACAACGACCUCCAGCGCAGAGGAGGAAUUCAGGUCAACGACACCAAACCCACCUACCCCCUCGACGGCGAGUAA